AUGUAUACCGAGAACGUUAAGACAAGCCAUCUUUCGGUUGCCCGCUCGAUAUCAGUCUCUUCACCUGCAUCAGACCCACCCCAUACCCCCGGCGCAUCCCAAAAAAUGAGUAGCGAAGCACCAUCUCCAGACGAGAGCCGUGUAUCGGCGGCCGAAUCCGUAAAGUCAUUCAUCGCAGGAGGGUUUGGAGGUGUUGCUGCGGUUUGUGUUGGUCACCCAUUUGACCUGACGAAGACAAGACUCCAGACCGCUGCCCCUGGAGCAUACACCGGAGCCAUUGAUGUAGUCAAGAAGACUCUAGCUAAGGAUGGUAUUGCAGGCAUGUACCGUGGUAUGGUGCCCCCGUUGUUGGGUGUUACGCCCAUCUUCGCUGUAUCUUUUUGGGCAUAUGACGCGUCGAAGCAGUUAAUUUUCGCGCUUACACCAAAUCGGACCUCCGAAUCCCUAUCCAUUGCUGAGCUCGCGACAGCUGGUUUCCUGUCUGCUGUUCCUACCACAUUAGUUACUGCACCAGUGGAACGUGCCAAAGUCCUAUUGCAGGUCCAAGGUCAAGCAGGCUCACAAACCAAAUAUUCAGGUGUCACCGAUGUUCUGAAGCAUCUGUACAAAGAAGGAGGCAUAAAAAGUAUUUUCCGCGGUACAGGAGCCACGCUUGCUCGGGACGGUCCUGGAAGUGCUGCAUACUUUGCAGCAUACGAAAUUACUAAAAAAGCGUUGACUCCAGCUGGGUCCUCCCCAUCGGAGCUUAAUUUAGGUGCUAUUAUCGUUGCUGGAGGAACUGCAGGUGUGGCCAUGUGGGCUUUGGCAAUUCCUCCGGAUGUCUUGAAAUCAAGAAUACAGUCUGCUCCAACAGGGACUUACUCCGGCUUAAUGGACUGUGCUCGCAAGACGAUCGCACAGGAUGGUGUCCGUGCCCUCUGGAAAGGGUUCGGACCAGCCAUGGCUCGAGCUUUCCCUGCAAAUGCUGCUACUUUUCUCGGUGUCGAAGCGUCUAGAAAGCUUAUGGAUGGUUUCUUCUGA